GCCACCCAGGCGCCCCAGGAAGUUUGUACCUUUUGACCCCCCUCCCCCAGUCCCAUUUUGCCCACUCCCCACCCUGGCAACCAGUCUAUUCUCUGUAUGCAUGAACUUGAUUGUUUUGGUUUCUGUAGGGUUGUUUUAGAUUCCACAUACAGGUGAGACAAUACGGUAUUUGUCUUUCUGACUAACUUCACUUAGCAUAAUGUCCUCAGGAUCCACCCAUGUUGUCUCAAGUGACCAGAUUUUCUCUUUUAGGGCCAAUAUUCCAUUGUAUGUAUAUGCCACAUAUUCUUUAUCCAUUUGUCUCUUAUUGGACACUUUUUUCCAUAUCUUGGCUAUUGGAAAUAAUGCCGCAAUGAAUGUGGGUGUGCAUAUAUCAUUUCAAGUUAGUGUUUUUAUUUUCUUUGGCUAAAAAGCCAGAAGUGGAAUUGUUGGAUCAUGGGGUAGUUCUGUCUUUUGAGGAGCCUUCACACUGUGUUCCUUCGUGGCUGUACCAGUUUACGUUCCCACCGUGUGCUCUCCAGCCCCUCACGGACAUGUGUGAUCGCGGUCUGCUAGCAGCCGCUCGCAUAGGUGGGAGGCCCUCACCUGCCAUGGUCUUGAUUCGCAUUCCUCCAGUGCUCGGCCGGGCAUCUUCCCAGGCACCUGUUGGCCGGGGGUAGGUCUUAUUUUAGAAAAAUGUUCAGAUAUUCUGCCCAUUUAUUAAUCAGAUUGUUUUUUCAGAUGAAUUGCAAGUAUUUUAUCCCAUUUUAGAAGGGUUCCUUUUCAUUUUGUCAGUGGUUUCUUUUCUGUGUAAAUGCUUUUUGGUUUGAUAUAGUUCUACUUGUUUAUUUUUGCUUUUGUACCAUUUGUAUGGCUUGGAUAUGGUAGAUCUCUUCUUAUGCCUGAUAUUUUUCCUUGCAAUUGUAAGCUCAUCUGUGGCCUUUAAAUAUUUAAAGCUUUAAUUAACUCUUUAAUAUUGUCUGAUUUGAUACCACAAAAAAUAAUACCUAUGAGUAUCAUUUCUGUACUGAUAACAUUAAAUGCUAUGCAUUUGUUUACAUAUUUAUCCUCCCUAUCCACAUUUUCAGAGGAGAAACCAUAUUUUAUUAAUUUUAGAUACCUGUUGUAUAGGACAGUGCCAGAGACGUAGGGGAUCUAAAUAAAUGUCUUAUUUGUAAAAAUGUUUGGGAAACAUGAUAAAACAGUGAAGAUGUACAGUUGUUAUCCUAUGUAAAUUUUCAUGGUGAAUGACUCUUUUACAAUGAGGGAUCAGUUUCAUUCACGGAUGUGACUGUGGACUUCACUCAGGAGGAAUGGGAGCAACUGGACCCCUCCCAGAGGAUCCUUUACAUGGACGUGAUGCUGGAGAAUUACAGCAACUUACUCUCCGUGGAGGUGUGGAAGGCCGACGCCCAGCUGGAGCAGGACCACAGCGGCCCAGAUGAGCAGGCGAGGCCCUUUAUCAUUUUUAAGAACCAAACCCCCAUUGAGGAAAGAGAUAAUCUCUUUGGAAAAACAUUUAAUCUGAGCACAGAUUUUGUUUCCUUAAGGCAAGUACCCUAUAAAUACGACUUAUAUGAAAAAACUUUGAAAUCUAAUUCAGACUUGAUUAAUAGCAAUAGAAGCUAUGUAAGAAAGAGAGCCGAUGAAUGUAAUGGAUUUGGAAAAGCACUCCUCUAUCUGAAGCAAGAGAAAACCCAUCAUGGGUUGGAAUACUCAGAAUAUAAUAAAAGCGGGAAAGUCUUUAAAGAAGCCAUUUUUAAACAUCAGAAAAUAAGAAAUUUGGUACAGCCUUUUAUUUGUAAUUACUGUGACAAGGCUUUCUCCUUUAAGUCACUCCUCAUUAGCCACAAGAGAAUACACACUGGAGAAAAGCCUUACGAAUGUAACGUGUGUAAGAAAACCUUCUCCCAUAAGGCAAACCUCAUUAAACAUCAAAGAAUUCACACGGGGGAGAAACCCUUCGAAUGUAUUGAAUGCGGCAAAGCUUUCACCCACCAGUCGAACCUCAUCGUCCACCAGAGGGCGCACAUGGAGAAGAAGCCCUAUGAGUGCGGCGACUGCGGUAAGACGUUCGCCCAGAAGUUUGAACUGACCACACACCAGAGAAUUCAUACAGGAGAACGACCCUACGAGUGUAAUGAGUGUGCAAAAACCUUCUUCAAGAAGUCCAACCUCAUUAUACAUCAGAAGAUCCACACGGGGGAGAAGCGCUAUGAGUGCAGUGAAUGUGGAAAAUCCUUUAUCCAGAACUCACAGCUCAUCAUACACAUGAGAACUCACACGGGAGAGAAACCCUACGAGUGUACUGAAUGCGGCAAGACAUUCAGCCAGAGGUCAACCCUGAGGUUACAUUUGCGGAUCCACACAGGAGAGAAACCGUACGAGUGCGCUGAGUGUGGGAAGGCCUUCAGCAGGAAGUCCCGACUCAGCGUCCACCAGAGGGUCCACCUGGGGGAGAAGCCCUGAGGCGGCGGCCAGCAUGUUGGGUGGAGAACCCAGGAUCCCUGGGGGGGGGGGGG